CGCAGCCUGAGCUUCACUUUCCUGUAGAUAGGGGCAGAGUUUGGUCUGUGUGUGUGAGAGUGGGAGAUGGAGCGAGGGCGCUCUUCCGACUAGCAGAGGCGAAGAGCGACUCGAAUAGCCAGAACUGUUGAAAUAAUAGAUGAGAUCGGGUCUUCGAUAGCCUAAAAACACAUUAGCGACCCACCUUUCACAUCUACUUCACACACACUAACCCGGCAUUGAUGGUAAUGUAUGCAAGGAAACAACCGAGACUCGGCGAUGGGUGCAACGACCGAAGGGACUCUCAGCCCUACCAGACUCUUAAAUACUCUUCAAAGAGUCACCCCGCUGGCGACCAUCGGCAUGAGAAGAUGCGGGACAGCAGUGAUGCGACCCCGCCGUGCAAAAUCCUGCGGAGAUCCGACAGUCCAGACAACAAGCACACAGAGAGCAGUGGUCACGGCAGAGCCAAGGCCCUGCAUCCCCACCGGGCAAGAGAGCGAGAUGGUGGGACCAGUAUUUCCCCUCAGGAGAAUUCUCACAACCACAGUUCUCUGCAUAGCUCCAACUCUCACUCAAAUCCCAACAGAUCAGACACACCAUAUGACCCUGCAGAUGAUUGGUCAGAACACAUCAGCUCUUCAGGAAAGAAGUACUAUUACAACUGCAGAACAGAAGUGUCACAGUGGGAGAAACCCAAGGAGUGGCUGGAGAGAGAGCAGAGACAGAAGGAGGCGAAUAAAAUGGCAACAGCAACAACAACAGCAGUGGUCAACAGCUUCCCUAAAGACAGGGACUACAGGCGUGAAGCCAUGCAGGCUGCUCCCACCAGCUUCUCCAGUACCAAGCCUGCGGUUGCCACAGAAAAGCCUUCCUCUCUCAACCCUUCUUCCUCUUCCUCAUCUGCUGCUGUGUCUGGCCUAAGUGCUGCCAAUCCUGCUAGCUCCGCCUCAAGUUCUACAGUUCCUGUUUCACCGGUAAUGCAAUCACCUGCCACGCCCACUAUCCUUCAAGACCCCUCUCUCUUGCGCCAGCUUCUCCCUGCUCUGCAGACAGCCCUUCAGCUAAACAACGCCAGCGUGGAUAUGGCCAAGAUCAAUGAAGUUCUCACAGCUGCAGUAACACAGGCGUCACUGCAGUCAAUGCUUCAUAAGAUCCUGACUGCUGGUCCGUCUGCCUUUAAUAUCACAACACUGCUCUCCCAGGCAGCUCAGCUCUCCAGUCAAGCCCAGCAGUCCAGUCAGUCUCCGAUGUCCCUGACGUCAGAUGCUUCAUCUCCACGGUCGUAUGUGUCCCCCAGGAUCAGUACGCCCCAGACUAAUACAGCACCUCUCAAACCCCCACUCAGCACCACGCCUGUGUCAUCACAGACCAAGGUUAAUGCUCUGGGGGUUAAGUCCAGUUCUCUUCCUCCACCCUCGUCUCAGCAGACGCUCCCCUCAGACAAACACCAUGACAACGGCAACUCCCCACGGACACUGCAGAGACAGAGCAGUCAGAGAAGCCCCUCUCCUGGUCCUAACCAUGUCGGCAGCAGUAACAGUGGCAGUAAUAACGGCAGUGGCGGAGGCCAGGGUGCCAGUGUGGUGAGUGGGGCAAUGCCUGCAGGUUCAGUACCAGCUGGCACAUCCACUGGCAGACCAGCCUGCUCUUUUACACCCUCAUUGGCCGCGCACUUUAACGAGAACCUCAUCAAACACGUGCAGGGCUGGCCCGCAGAACACGUCGAGAAACAGGCUUCACGAUUACGUGAGGAGGCCCACACCAUGGGCAGCAUUUACAUGUCCGAGAACUGCACAGAGCUGAAGAACCUGCGCUCACUUGUGCGAGUGUGCGAGAUCCAGGCCACGCUGCGUGAACAGAGGAUACUAUUUCUGAGACAACAAAUUAAAGAACUUGAAAAGUUGAAGAAUCAGAAUUCCUUCAUGGUUUGAGGACUCUGGGUUUCUUUAGUGUGGGUUUUGAACGGAAAGAGAGACAAGGUAGGAGAAUGAGUGGGGAACCCAUUUUGCGUGCACAGAACCCUGGAGAGCCGAAGUUCUGCUGCGUUCUGUUCUGGGCCCAGUCUUAAACUUAAGGAGCUGCGGCGGGCUGUGGACAGAGGGGCGAGGGUGGGGGGAAUUUUGGGUGGAGGUCGUGGGCCAGGUGGGGUGGAGAGGUUUUUGGGACCUGCUCUUGCCAGGGCCCCUGUAUAUGUAGAUUUCUUGUAGAUGUUAUUUCCAUGUUGUAAAUAUGUUUUGUAGAUGAAGCCAUGGGAAGCCAUGCCUAUCUCAAAAAAAAAAAAAAACAAAGCUUUUGACAUCCAAAUGAUAAAACUAAUCAACACCAGUACUGACUGAGGGCACUCAUUGUCCUCAGGCCUCCAUAUGUCAAAACCUGACGGUGGAUUGUUGAACCUGAUUUUGAAAAAUAGAAUCCAAAAAACGCUCUUCAGAAAAAAGAUCAGUGAGCCGAUGCCUUGAGCAUGUACCAGACCUGCAUGGAAAAAAGUGGACGAUCCAACGGGGGCAACUAGUGGGGAUGAUGAGGCACACCAACACAGACACGCACAAGCACACCUUUGUCUCCUCUCAACCAUGCACACCUCUACCCUUUACACCCUGUGUGGUUCGUUUUGUUUUGCUCCCUCCCUCUCCGCAUAUGAAUGAUGGUAGCAUCGCUAAAUGGUUAAUUGGACCUUUUACAUCUUUCUUUCUCUGGUUGCACUGUAAUGGUUUCGCGCCCCCCCCCCACCCCAUGCCUUUUUGAAGGGUUUAGAUCUUGUCUGUCUACAUGGUUCAGUCGUCUCUUAACUGUCCUGAUGGCCCAGCUGUGCCCACUGUCGACACCAGUGCCUGCUUGUGUGAAGAAGUGAAUGUGAGCGAGAAAAGGGAAGGAAAAAGGAGCGUGAAGUCUUUGCUCAGUGGAACAGAUACUGAAAGGGAGGGAGGACCUAUUCCUGCAGCUCGAUCUGAAACCCCCCACCCACCUGUGACCCAGUUUGACUUCUCCUUGGAAUGGCGGAGGAGUCUAGUUGUCCACCAAGAAACCCCUUUUUUAUAGUUGGUUUCCAGACUUUCCAACAAGUUUAUUUUUCUUAUUUCUUUUCCUUACUUAUUUUUGUUUAAACUGUACUUUUAAAAAAAAGUGUGAGGAGUUUAUUGCAACUUGCAUUAAAAACCAAGAGUUCAUUCCUUUGUACAGUUGCUAAGUAAUAAUGGAGUUAAAAAAAAAGUUUUAUUAAAAGUUGCAGUGAUUUACUAGUAUAUCAUAUGUUGUAUUCAUAAAUUAUUGCCACACAUUUUCCUUUGCACCCUGAUUGGACAGAGUGGAGUUAGUGCUACUGGACAGUAGAAAGAUGAGUGUCGGAAGGUCACGGCCAAGGACUGGACAUAACCAACCCCGCUACAACAGAAUCAGGGCAGGGUCACCUGGGGUCAGAAGGUCAAAUGUGAAAUGUAUGUAUUGUAAUAAACAUGCUAAAGUAAAACCGA